AUGCGGUCCGGCCUGGCCCUCGCGGCCCUCGUGGCGGGCCUCUUGCUGGCACAGCCGUCCCAGGCCCGCCAGCUGCGCCAAGUUGGCUCGGCUGCGCCCCCAGGCGUGACCGGCCUGCAGGGCUACGGCGGCAGCAGGGGUGGCUUCGGCUUCGACAACCCCCAGACAUUCGGCACCGGCCUGGUCCGCGGCGCCGUGGUGACCUCCGACGUCGGCGCCGCCACGUCCGUCGGCGCCAUCGAGAGCGACGACACCCGCGGCGCCCAGGCCGCCGCCUACGCGCGUGGCGUGGGCCGCGCCACUGGCCAGACGGCGCUGGGCCUGCAGGUUUCCUUUGAGAAGGAGAACCAGAGCCAGGCCACCGCCGCCGGUGACGCCAUCCGCAAGAACGCCGGCUACCAGGGCACCUCGUUCGCAGGUGACAUCUUCGCCGGCGACCGGUUCGACGACUCGGCCGCGGGCCGCGCGAUCCGCCGCACCCAGGCGGACAACGCCCAGCUGCAGGCGCGCGCGGGCGAGCGCACGCAGCGCUACGGCUCCAACGGUCCCUUCGACAUCUGA